AUGGACAGUCAUAAAACCGAAGAGAGAAGAGACACCGUUAUGUAUUCGCAACUCCAACCAUGGAGUACGGUAGGCGUACUGCCUUGCAUGGAGCAAAUUGCUGGUCCACCUAUUCCUAUUAGAGUUGGUGAAUUUUAUAAAACUCCGAAACCUCACUCAUGGCGACCUACUAUGGGAUACGAAAUGGUGGAAGCAGCUUCUCUGCCUGCACAGCCUAUGACAAAUUUGUUGUCUGAUACUUGUUACAUGCCUAAUGGAAUGGCUACAGAACCAUUACGGUUUCCAAAUUUGGUGACCGGUUUUGAUCGGAAUCCCGCGCAUGCAGCUCGAGCUGCGCUCUUCACUAGAUACGGGCCGUACGAAUGGGUGCAGAAUCAACUGAAACUUUACAAUGAAUCGAACAGCAAUAGAAAUUAUUCGGAGAAUUUACGACAAGACACCGUCAGAAUGAUGCGAGAAGCUGAUGAAAAAGUACAAAAUGGUCAAACGGAAACGGGUCGGAAACUAGGCGAAAGAAUUACAGACACGACGUUCUGGAAAAACGAGGUAGCUGCAGAAUUGGAACGAUUGAUAAUUGCGAAUACAAAGAUGCAAGAAUGCCGUCGGGGCUUACAAACGGCUAUACAAAGCUUGGAGGGACAAUUGCACAUAGCACAAGAAUGUUUAUACUACCGCGAGGCUAGGACAGGUUCUGACUUGGUGCAUGAUCAAGCUGAACAUGCGCUUCUAAAAGAGGUAGAAGUGGUCAGGAAUUGUCAGAACAAAUUAGAACAUUUUACUGAUAAAUGUAUCAGUCAACUUACAAAUAGUAGGGCAGUGCAGAAUCAGUUAGAGAUUGACAUAAGAAACAAGGAAACUGCACUGGGAAUUGAUAUUACAUGCCAUCAAAUGAAUAAUUUCAGUCGUGGCUUGCAGUACUAUGGAGGUAUUGAAAAAUAUGAUAACAGUAUUACACAAGCUGAAUCAUGGGUGGAAGCUUCCAAUAAUGUAGUGAAAAAAUCGCAGGAGGAAAGAUCAAAGUCUAGUCAGCUGAUAAGUGAUAUUGAAAUUGCUAUAAAUGCAGUUGGGCAUGAAAUGUGGGAAGCUUGGGGCAAUACAAAUAAUGAAUUAGCCAGAAGGGCUGCAGAAAUGCUUGAAGCAAAAGAGAAAUUGCAAACUCAUUUACAUAAAAUUCAGCAAGAAAUAUUUGAAAUUGAAAAAAAUUCGCAACUAAUGCAGAAAGCAAUUGCAGACAAAAGCUCUGCCCUAAAAGUUGCACACACCCGCCUUGAAAGUAGGACACACCGGCCUGAAGCAGAGUUAUGCAAAGAUUAUGCUCAACUCAGAAUGGUCAAAGAAGUAGAAACCAUAAAUGCAAUGAUAAAUGAAAUGAAUUUGAAGCUACAAAGGUUUGAGGCACAACAUCAACAACUAUUACGCACACGAGCUAAUUUAGAAUCAGAUCUGAAAUCUAAAGUUGAUGCAUUAUUUAUUGAUAGAGAAAAAUGCAUGGGUAUGAGAAGAAGCUAUCCUAUUGCAUCAGUUAUUAAGUUUUGA